CUCGUUACGGACAGCCCCUUUUCAGAACAAGCAUCGACCGAAAAGUUGAUAGGUGAAGUCUAUCAACAUGCAGUAAAACGGUUCUUUUUUGUUGUUGCUGCUGUUUUGGGGCUAUAAGAGCGCGCGGAAAGCCGAAGCUCAUAUUUUAGGACGUCUGUUUGUGAAAUGAAACGCCUGAGAAAUGUCAGUGGAAAUGCUACAUCCAAACUCUAUGCCUCCGUAGGUUUGUCACUGACCCGAAUAUAUACGUUUUUGUUGAGCUGUUGAGAGACUCGACCCGUGUCAGAGCCCAGCGAUGUGGAUCUGCAUGGUUUAUAAUGAGACGGACGCCAGCGUGGACUUCCGGCUCUGCCAGGACUAUGGCCUCAUCCUGUCGGUCUUCUCCCUCAUCUACCUCCUUGUGUGCUUCCCACUGGGGCUGUGCUACAAUAUGCUGCUGGUCGUGGUCAACCUCUCAAACAAAGUCUCCAUGACCAUGCCAGAUGUUUAUUUCGUCAAUAUGGCCAUCGCGGGCCUUGUGCUCAACCUGGUGGCUCCCAUGGAGCUGCUGAGCUCCACCUUCACCCGCUGGCAUGUGUGGGAGUACAACAACGAGAUCUACAUCACCCUGCUCAUCCUCUUCAACAUCUCCUCUCUGGUCAUCAUGUAUUCCACCACGCUGCUCAGUCUGGACUACUAUAUAGAGCGGGCGUUGCCUCGUACGUACAUGUCCAGUGUGUAUAACACCAAACAUGUGUGUGGUUUCAUCUGGGGAGGUGCGGUGCUCACUAGCUUCUCUUCACUGCUCUUCUAUGUGUGCAACCACAUCUCCACUAAGAUGGUCGAGUGCUCCAAAAUGCAGAAUAAGGAGGCCGCCGACGCCAUCAUGAUGUUCAUCGGCUACGUGGUUCCAGCUUUGGCUGUACUUUAUGCCUUUGUGCUUAUUUUGCGCAUUAGGAAGGAGUCAACACCUCUGGAUCAGGACUCUGCUCGCUUAGACCCUUCUAUCCACAGACUGCUGCUAGCCUCAGUCUGUGUACAGUUUGUACUGUGGACCCCAUACUAUAUGACCCUGUUGGUACACACUGUAGCCGGCGCACCAGGGUACAUUAGUAACGUACAUUACUUACCUACCUAUUAUUUUUUAAGAUGUGUGUCAAAACUGCUGGCUUUCUCUAGCAGCUUUGUGAUGCCACUCAUGUAUAGGCAGAUGAACAAAAACUUCUCCAACAAGCUUCAGCGGCUGCUCAGGAGGCUGCACUGCGGAGAGCAGUCUUGCCCUCACGAACGCUCAACAGUGCAACAAGUGGUGACGUGAGAUUACCGACCCUGGGAGAUUACAGACACCCCCCCCCUUUUUCCACCUCUUGGCCUAGCCGGCACUUACCCCCCCCCCCCACAGAGCCAGUAUCUGACUGGGUUCCCUCGCUGUUCUGGACUGUGUUAAGAGUGACAUAGCUAACUGUGGAAUUUCCUGUCACCUUCCACAUCUGAUCUAUACAGUUCUGCAUUGGGAGGACAAACCAAGCAAAAACCACUAAGUGCUAUUAUUUUUGUUGUCAAAGUGAAGCUCUCCUCUGAGGCAAGUGGGUUUCUAAUUUGAGGACAGUAAAUUUGCACAAGCAACUGAUAACUACCCAUUGUGCAGUGUUUUAUCUGAGUCGCAAACGAAAAAUAUCCUGUUAGCAAGCACUACACAUUGCUGUGUAUGUUCCCUCCCUGAUAUGGGUGUGUAUUCUGCUGAAUAUCAGCAUCCCACCAUUUCUAAGGAACUUGCAUUGUAUGAACAUAAGUGUUUACUGCCCUCAAACUAGUGGGCCUUGAUCACUUGAAUGAGAAGACAGUUCCACCUCUUCAGAGCUGAAUUUUCCUUUUUUUCCAUUUUACUUAAAUGUGCUUAGAGUGAUUUUGUUAUUAUCACAGUAAAUAAUCUUCACGUUUUAAAGGCGGACACAAUUAGUUGUCUCUUACAGAAAUUGUAGCUUCAUUUCAAAAGCUAUUUUCUUUCUUGAUACCAGUACUACCCUGUAGCUUUGACAUUGGCACUGGUAUAUAGAGGUGUUGUCUUUUAUAGAUUGAGUUCUGAAGUUUUGAUCCACUUGCAGGCAUAAAGAGAUUAAAUCUUGCAUACAGUACAUGAAGCUCCACAACUAUUAAUUUACAUGAACACAACAUUGAAGUUAUACAGAACUACAUGAAAAUGUUUAUAUUAAGCUUGUAUUCAGGGUUCAGACAUAACCGGUAUACCUCUUGUGAUCGCUGCUGAAAUCACUUUAGCCAUAAGCAGUUCAAAUCAACUCAUUAAACAUCAACUCUUAAUCAGAGAUCUCAGCCCAGUGUGUGAUUUGUUGAGCUAUGUUUCGCUUCUGUAGGAACCGUGCGUGGAGAGCCUCACGCACUGUUAGCAGUCCCCGCAGGGUCACAGAGAGGGUCCUGAGGAGGUGGCAUGUAUAUUCCCUACAUUUUAUGAGCACUCAUGAGUGGUUGGGAGGAUGUCCAGUGGAAAUAUGAAGCCCGACUGGGUCACUCUAGAGGCACUAAAAACCUUCACCAAAUAUCAAAGUCUCGCCUGCCAAUCACCUGCAAACAGUGUGUUUGAUGCAGUUUGAACUGGAAUACCGCUCAGAUGCAUUAAGGUAAUCUCCAUAUUAUAAAGCUGCUUUGCUUUCUUGCCUGCCACAAAACUGAACAGAUAAAUGGUGAUGUUAUACAAUAAAAAAGAGAUACUUGCUUUUGCAUGAGGUCUGUUGCUUCACUGCAUUAGUGUAUUUUUUUUAAAAUUUGCUUUCUGAAUGAGAGGGACAGUUUAUUAAUCAUUCUGUGAACAGAUACACCAGUGAGGUGGGGCAUACACUUGAAGAGAAAUUAGAAGUGGGCACACUAGUUAUAUUCCACUCCCAGGCAACAAUAAAUAGUCACUUAUCUUUGUAGACAGUUUUAAGUUACACCUUCAAAUAAGUUUGCUUUGGCUUCACUGUAAAAUUUAAAGGAUUACCAGAUUUUUUGACACAGAUUUGAUGCUUUUCAAGCAUAUAUGAAGCUAUUAAGACUAUAACUUUAUAUCACAUACACAUACUGUAUUUUUUUAAACAUCCUGUGACUAGACAUAUUGUUUGUCUACAGUUGAGGUAUGAAACAGUGUCCAACAUUAAGAUUUUUGCUGCAUAGCCCCAUCCUCAUUAUGUGUACCUAGAAUCAGUCUGUGAGAAGUACUGUUCAUUUUCAACCGAGGCUGUGUGUUAACAUUAUGUGCUACAGCAUGUACUGCCCCAUACAAAAAGCCUGCAUGUAUUGUGACAGAGUUAAUCAUUAUUUGAACUCGGCUCAAAGUCCUAACUCAGCUCAAAGCCCUAAUGCUUACUGUUCAUUUGGGAUUGGAAGGCAAACAGUAGCACAUGGUCUAAUGAAAAGUGGUUUGAAUCAAAAAAUUUUAUUUAAGCAACAUUUCUUAAGGUUCAGCUACCAGUUGGUGCACUAUAUACUGUUAGAGAUUUUAUUCCAACUGGUAUUCAAUUAAUCAGUCGUAUGAUGACGCUCAUAUUAUAGUGAAUAGAAUUGAAUGUAUCCCAGAUUUCUGAUUAUUAUGGGACAUUUUUAUGCUUUUAAUCUGGAUAGAAUUUUGUGAGGAGACAUCCAACUAGAAGGCACUCAACCAAACAUUAUAAAAAAUUAGAUCAAUCUGUUCUGAAUCUGCAUCAGACUAUACAUAGUGAAUGACAAUUGUGCAGAUUUUUGGGGGAGAAUAGCUAAGUAAGAAUUAUGAUCAUUUUACUUUAGCAUGUUGCUGCAGCGCCACCUGUAGGCAAAGUUUUGCUAGAUUGCUUGGAGUUGAUAUGCGCCUCAUGCCCUACCUUUCACCAAAUUUCAGUGAAAUCCAUGAACUUGUUUUUUAAAUAUCUUGCUAAGUAUGAGAUGGGACCUGAAACAAACUCCUUGGCAGAGGUAAUAAUAGGCAAUCACCACAAAUGGGCUGACUACACGAUAAAGCUUGAUCAAAACCACACCCAACUCAAAUUGCUGCUCAGGCCCGAGUUUGGUUUAUUAUUUCAGAGAGGCCAUAAUCUCACAUCAGUGCAAAGACAUUUGAGUAAUAACCACUGUGUGCAGUUAAAUUGUCGAGAUGGACUAAGUGUAAAAACACCCUCAAAGCUCUUGCGUGUCGAAUGUAUGCGGAUGCAUUUUAGCUAUUUGAACAGCAAAACCUCAAAAGUCCAGAUUAAUCCACUUUCAGAUGUGAUGCUUUUGUGACUUUGUAUGCAAGUGUAUAUGUAUAAUACAAAAUAAUGUGUAUAUAUUGUAUGUGAGAGAUUUACAAGAAGAUACCAUGCUCUUUCAAAACUUAAGUAUUAUUUUCUGAGAGAUAAAUUUAGAUUCUGUAAGUAAUCUCCUCUAUUGUCAACUGAGUCAAAGACUGAUUAAACAAUAAACUAACAUGGAUAUUACCA